UUCUUCCACGUCCGAUCACUCCCGACCCGGUUUUUGUUGAAGUUUUUGACCUUUUUUCCGAGCUUUGACCAAUCCAAGAACAUGAAGUACAUCAUCAGCAUCAGCGGCGUAACCGAUGGAGGGAAAACCACCCUCACCAACCACCUGAUCAAGAACCUGCCCAACUGCUGCGUGGUCCAACAGGAGGACUUCUUCAAGCCCCAAGAUCAGAUUGAAGUUGGUGAAGAUGGCUUUAAGCAGUACGAUGUCAUCACUGCUCUGGACAUGGAUGCCUUGAUGAGUAUGAUCUACGUGUUGCUGGAAAACCCGGUGAAGUUUGAGAAGUCUCCUGGCGUUAAUAACACCCUGGACACAGAGAUCAUCCUGAAGUUCGACCACAAGGAGGAGGAGGAGGAGACUCACAUCCUCAUUGUGGAGGGCUUCCUGCUUCACACCUACAGGUCUUUGAUCGAUGUGCUAAACCAACGUUACUUUAUUUCCAUCCCAUAUGAAGAAUGUAAAAAGAGGAGGUGCUCUAGGAAGUCCACGGUGCCAGACCCCCCCGACCUGUUCGAUGGCCACGUCUGGACCAUGGACCUGCAACACAAGAACAUCUGCUCACUGUGAAAGAUUAUUGA